AUGGAUAUUGAUCAGGCUGACUCGGAUACUGUAAUGACUGAGUCUACACCUAUGCCUGUCCUGGAUACUUCUGUUCAUGAUUUGAUCCCAGCUCAGGAUAUUCUGAAUUUGAAUGAACUUUUGCUAGACACUGAGAUGAGUGAACCUAUGUCUGUCACUCCUCAGAUUCCACAUUCUUCGUCUACGGCUAUUACGAAACAUAAUUCCGAAUCUCGUCUUCAGACUACGUCUAGUCUGUCUCCUGUCUUGGACUCUUCUCCUGUUGUUGUUGAACCGAUGUCGCCUCCUGUGGUUACUCAACCGCCACCUCG